AGCUUUAAAUUCAUUUGCCGUAAAUAUUUUACACAAUGUUGUCCUACGAAGACAGUGUAGCAGAAAAGGCAUGCAACCUCGAGUGCAUCCAAGACUUGCCCCCAAUCCACGAGUUUGUGGGUCCAGUGAAGAUAGUACUGAUGGAUGUGCCCAAGGAAGUCUACACGAGGAAAGCCUGCUUAGCAGCGUUCAUAGGCUUGGCUAGUAUCCUGAUGGGAACCACCACUAUGAUAGUCCUUUUCUAUACUCUCGGAUUCAAGACUAAUUUGAUGAUGAACUUGCACAUUUUACUUUGCACUAUUGGGUACCAACUCUUCAUUCCGUCAGCGAUCUUGAUGGUGAACCCCCUCCACGGGCCCUCGUCCCCGCUCAGGGUGCGAGACCGCAAGUUCCAGCACCUGUUCCUCCAGAUCUUCGGGCUGGGCUGCGUGACAGCUGGUUCCGUGGUCGUCAUGCUGUUCGGAGGCGGCUCCUUCAAGUCUAGGCUUACUUUGCAUUCUAUGGCGGGGUUGGUAGCGGGCGGUCUUUCUGCUAUAGCUGCUCUAAUGGGGCCUGGUGCUUACUUCUCGAAGGAUACCGGUACAUUGGGCAAAGUCGGAAAACGAACACACACCAUGUUCGGCAUGCCAGCCUUCCUCGCUUCGUCGGUGUGCUUCAUCAUCGGCAUAAUGAACUCAAAAACCUUCAAGGCUUGGGUGGUGUUCUUGCCUGAUAUAAAAUACAUUGUGAUCGCGUUUUGUGUUGUGUACACUCUUAUUAUUUUGGCUACGCCAGCCAUGAAAUUCUUUGGUAAGACACCUUGA